CCCAUCUUAAGCUCAACGGACUUGUCCUUUUGGAUAUUCUCAAAUUAACCCCUAUAUAAAGUUUUUGACCCCCCAACAAGGAAAAAGGGUAAAAAAAAAACAAAAAGCAAAAUGAAGAAUUUUACCAAGAAGUUAUCGAUGAAGUACGUGAAACUCAACAAGUGCCGUCUCCGGCAAGACACGGCCAUGUCGCCGGAGGAUGACGCCGGAGAACUUUUCCGGGAAAUAAGUCCGGCGGAAAACGAAAAGACUGUCGACACUAUCAAUAACAACAAGACGCCGAAGGUUACGAAGAUCAUGGGAUCCAUGCAACGUAAGUUCAUGUCCAAAGAGAAGAAGGUACGUCAAGAACCGUCGGAUUUCGGUGCCGACGGUCACGGUCUCGACCAACCACGACGACCACAGUACGACGGCUCGACUCGGAGAGGCCGACAAGAUCUCGCGGAACGGCUCGAAGGGUUCAAUAAAAGCAACGGACAGGAUCUUCGAUCACGUGACGACGUCAUGGCGCAUAAAGACUAUGAUCGCGUGGAGAGAAAAGCCAGAGGCUUGACCAAGAGCCGGUCGGAUUUCGGGUCGAGGAAAGAGUAUCUUGAUUGGAUCGAAUACGUGGAAGGGUCUAGCCAUCAUUGCUUCGAAAGGUUCGAAGAUUCCACUAGAACCAGAGGGUUCGAGGAACAUCACGAGAGAAAAGAUGGUACGGAGAUUGAUCAUGUCAGCUUCGGACAAUCAGAAGGAUCUAUGGAGGGUAAUAACGACGAAACUCGUUUAAUAAAGAGCUCCAAGACUAACAAAAACAUCGAAUCCGAAACUCCCAAAAGGCUAUAAGAAUUGGUUUGAGAAACGAUUACAAUUACAUUUCGGAUUUUUCGAUAACGAUCGAAAAGUGUAUAAAUCAAUUCAUUUGGACCGACUUGAAUCAUGAAAUUUGGUUCUCCUUAUACCGUAGAUGAAUUGUUUAGUAUAAAUUCUAAGCUGUACUAUAGUCGAUGUUAUACAAGCGAAUUUUAGAAUGUUUUAUUUGUAAUUUGUUCAUUUUUUAAAUACAUUGUCGUGUAUGUUAAUGUAAA